UGUUCCACAUUACGGCUUGUUCUAGUAAUGUAACGCAUCCAUACAAGAGGAGAAGCAAAUAACAUAUGUGUUGUCAGAUACGUCCAUACUUAACGCCAUGAUGGAUGCGGUGUUCCAGGCACCCAAACGGCGGCCCAGAGUGUAUGAGGCGUACGACGCCCCGUUUCCUGUCCCUCUUGCUGCGGUGGAUGCGAGGCUGCAGCAGACCAUCAUCUACAGAGCAGAUAUGGUCAACCAGCAUGUCGUUGUCAGGGACCCUGAACACAUACAAGCUCUCUACGGCAAGGGUUACUUUGGUAAAGGCAUCUUGUCAAGAAGCAGACCAGACCACAGUAUCUCACACCAAUGGGAAAAGUUUGGUGAGAGAGUUCUACCCGUCAUCUCCCUGUUCAAGUACCAGAAGCAUUUGAGCUGGGCACGGGACGUACUCCUAGCUCAAGGAUUGGAGGAGGAGGUUGUCAAUCAGAUGCUGCAGAGACUUUGUCAGCCAAUGGAGCCAGAGCUCAGAGAGGAAAAUGGAAAUGAUGACUGCCCAGCCAGCCCUCACAGGAGUGAGGAAACAGGGGCAGGUAAACCCCAGGACAUGGCCUCAGAACAGGCAGGGACAGGGAGACAGCAGGGCCAGGCAUCAGACUCCUGGAGCCCAGAGGAUCAGGGGGAGCAGGACAGUCAGUGUUCCCAAGCUAAGAGGCCUAGGAGUGAAGGAGAUGGUCGGUUCGACCCACUGUCUGAGCUUUACACCCAGGAGCCCCAGCAGAUAGACCCAGCGGCCCUGGCUACGGUCCGGUGCCCCAGGCAUGAUGACUGGCUGGUUGACUGUGGCUGUCGCCUGGAGGACAGCGUGCUGGAGACCCUCACCCUGCAGAGAGACAGACAGACAGACGCAGGCCGACAGGGGGCAGACCGUGGGUAUGAGUAUGUACUGGUGAUGGAGGAGGAAGAGGAGCAUAGUGUUGUCAAGCAGGGCAUAGCAGGGCCAGGGAUGACAGUGAGGAGAGUGUGUAGAGUCAACCCCUUCAGGCUGCUAGAGUACCUUCAACUGACUCUGGAGGAGGCUUUCUUCUUGGUAUAUGCAUUAGGAUGCCUUUCAGUUUACUACAAUGAGGAACCAUUAUCGGUGCUCCAGCUGUGGGAGAUGUUCCGGUCGGUCCAGCCCCACUUUGAGACGUCAUACAUGGCCUACCAUUACUUCCGCAGCAGGGGGUGGGUGCCCAAGCCUGGGGUGAAGUACGGGACUGACCUCAUGCUUUACCGAAAAGGACCACCUUUCUACCAUGCAAGUUACUCUGUGGUGGUGGAGAAGGUAGACCAGCCAUGUAGGGGAGGGGCUCUCCGUCCGUUCAGCUGGAGGUCUCUGGCUGCUCUCAGCAGGAUUACCGGCAACGUUUCCAAGGACUUGAUGCUGUGCUACGUCAUCUACCCAUCUCACCUGACAGAGGAACAGCUCUCCUCUCCAGACUGUCUCUGCAGGGUCACAGUUCAGGAGAUUAUUUUAAGCAGAUGGAUAUCAUCACGAGAGCGGACAGAGACGGACGACAUAUGACUUAUUUUUUUUUGUCUGCUGUGUAAAUAUACAGCUCCUUCAGAAAGUAUUCAGCCCCUUUGACUUUUUCCACAUUUUGUUGUUACAGCCUGAACUUAAAAAUGGAUAACAUUUCGAUUUUGUGUCCCUGGCCUUAACACAAUACCCCAUAAUGUCAAAGUGGAAUUAUGUUUUUUAAUAAAAAUGUAAACUGAAAUGUCUUGAGUCAGUAAGUAUUCAACCUCUUUGUUAUGGCGAUCCUGAAUCGUUUCAGAAGUACACAUGUUGCUUAACAAGUCACAUAAGUUGCAUGGACUCUGUGUGCAACAUGAUUUUUGAAUGACUACGUCAUCUCUGUACUACACAUGCAAUUAUCUGU